AUGAAUCAUGUCAUAAUAUUUUUGUUGUUGCUUAUUAAUUAUGGUAAAUAUGUAACUGGUAACGAAAAUGAAGGAAAAAGUCCGAAUGAUAAUAGCGAAAGUGAUGAUUACGAUCUUGACGAAAAAUGGAAACUGUAUCCAUUAGAGACGAAUCCAUUUAUUGAUCUGUUACACCCAAAUUUUAAAGGGGAUUUUAUAAGGUGUAUAGACGAAUACUACAUAUAUGAAACAAAGGAAUACAAUGAAUAUAAAAUACAAAGAUAUAAUAGUUUGAAAAAUAACAAAAAAUUUCAAAAGAAACAAUUUAAUUGUGCUAUAAAUAUAUUAGUUCAUGGAAGACCUAAUUCAAGAAGUGCAGUUGAUUAUAGAAUAUGGAGUGCUCCAGCAAAUAUAAUGAAACAUGAAGCCAUGUUAAAAAAAAAAUAUAGCAAAUAUAUUUUGUAUACACCAUUUGUUAGUCUUGCAAACUUUAUAGGUACAGAAGGUGUAUAUACACAUGUUAACUUUGCAUAUAUUCUUGCAAAUAGAUUAUCUUUAACAUUUAAAAACAUGCUAGAAGAUGAUACUUGUUAUAAUUAUGAUGUUUUUAUUCAUUCGCAUUGUUUUGGUGCAAAUAUAGUUAGAUUAAUACUUACAUCACAUAAAGACAUAUGGAAAAUUUUAGAUACAUCAUUUAUUAAUUCAACAUAUGAAAGAGAAGUUUUAUCCAUUUUAGAUGACAAUUUUAAGUUAUCUUUAAAAGAUAUUAACAUUCUUACGGAUAGAAGUCAUAUACAAAUUAGAAAAGAUCCAUAUUUUAAAACAUGUAAAAAUUAUUUAUAUAAAUCGUUUCAAAGAAAAAUAACAAAUAAAAAGGAAACAGUGUAUUUUGAUGAUAUAUUUGAUGAUUAUAAUGUAAAAUAUGAUGUUUUCAAAGAAGAUUUUAACAGUAUGUACAACUCUACUAAUUAUAAUGAUGGUGAUAAUACCACUUCAGAUGAUAUUUUGAAAAAUCCUAUUGAGAAAAAUGAUGAAGAAAAUGAACAACCGAGUUACAGGAAAGGGAAGGAGAAUCAGAUAAACAGAUUUGUCAAAAGAUUACAUUUUUAUAUAUUAAAUAAAAAAUUUAAUUUAUUAGGUAUAACUGCAACAGGUCCUCCGUUAAUUGGUUUUGUAUCAAAUAUGGAAGAUAUUAAAGUAGGUCAUCAAAAAUUUAUGAGGUACAAAUUUUUGUUUAGAACUUUACCUUCAUCCUUUAGAUCUAAAAUGUUUAAAACUAGAGAUGCACAAGAAUUGAUACAUGUUGUUAAUCCACAAUUAUUGUGCUUAUUAGCAGUAAAUGAAAAGAUAAAUUAUGAUUACACAAAUGAUGAGGGUUCUUUAAUAUCCUUUUUUAAAUCUGUUAGUUAUUAUUCUGAUUUAGAUAAUGAUGAACUUAUAAGCAUGCACAGUAGUUUAGGGUUACAUUCGUCAUUUCAUAUGAGAUCAUUAAGUUAUUAUCUUUUAAAUUUUAGAAAUGAAUAUUUUCACCGAACAUAUAGUAUUCCGGUUUAUUUAUCUGAUAUAAAUGUUUCAAAUAAUUAUCCUUUUUUUGAAUAUUUAAAAAAAUGUGAUGUUUGUUCAAAUAUUAAGCAUAAAUAUAUAGAACAGUUUGUAUCAUAUAUUAAUGAAAUAGUAAAUUAUGAGCAAAAACCACAACCAUUCAUUCCAAAUAGAUAUGUAUAUAAGAACCCAUUUUUAAAACAUUAUGUAGUACCAUAUAUGCAAGAAAAUACUAUUUACUCAUCUCAUUCUAUAUUAGGAACAGGUAGAACAAAUUUGCUUUUAUAUUCUUUUGACAUAUAUAGACAUAUAGCAAUAACCGGAUUUAGUAAUAAUAAUGUUGUAACAAAUAAUAUAGAAAUUAUUUCUGAUUCGGACCCAUUAGUUUUCUAUAACUGGCUAACUUAUUCCGGCAAUCAAAAUUAUCUUAACUGCGAAAAUUUUAUCCAAGAUGUUUUUGUUUACUCAGAUAAUCUAAAUAUGAAUAUGAUGAAGAAUCUUUUUAAUGUAUUUUUGACAACACAUUAUGUGAAAUUUUUUAUUUUUACUAAAACAAACUCAGCAGAUAUUUAUAGAAGUUUAUAUAGAACUCUUAGAAGUUUUUCUCUUCCACUUUCUAAUGUUAUUUUAAGAAAACAAAGAAAAAAAGAUGUCAUUUUUCCUUUACUAAGCACUACUGAACUUGAUUAUCAAGAAGGUUUAGUAUAUGAAUAUUUAGGUGUAUUUACGAAUUUUUUAAGAAAUUAUAGUCAGAAUAAUUCAUAUUUUAAUAUUACAGAUGAUAAUUUUCUCAUUAGUCAAAGAGCUUUUAAAAAGCUUCAAAAACGUUAUAUAAAAGGCUUAAAACUUAAACUAAAGGAAAUGGAUGUGUUUAUAAAAGAGAACAAAACAUUUAAAGAUAUUAAAAACAAGAUACAACGUAUGUAUAAUAUUGAAAAUACUAGAUGUAGUAACGAAGGAGAUUUGGAAAAUAAUGAAAAUGUAGUGGAUUUUAGUACUUUUGAAUCUUAUUUAAUUGAAGAUAGUAGUGAUGAUGAUAGUGAUGAUAGUAGUAGUAGUACGAGUAAUAAUAGUACAGCUACAUCUUAUGUGAAACAUCAUGGUAUUUAUUUACAUAUAAAAAGAUCUAUGUUUUUGAAGGAAGCUUUUGAAUCUAUAAGAGCAUAUAAUGAAUCUUAUAAUUGCGUACAUUUCAUAGAAUUUAUAAUUAGAAAUGCAAUGCAUGAACAUAUUGAAGAUCACUUAAAUAACUUGAGUGAAGUCAAUUCUUGUCUGUUUGGUAUAAAUGAAGAAAUUGAACUUUCUUAUAUAUCCAAGUAUUGUAAUUAUGAUCAACAAGCAUAUUUUCAUAUAAAAAAAAAUUAUAACUCAAAAGGAAUUUUUUCUGUAAGAGGUCUUAUCGAUUGUUCACAUGAGAAGUAUAGUCAUUUGAAACUUUGUGAAAACUCAAUUCUUCUUAAAAAAUUUUUUCAUAAAUCAUUAGAUACAAUUGUAUCAGGUUUACAUGAUAAAGAAAAAAAGAGGAUGACAGAGAUGAGAGAAGCUAUAGAAAAGGGUAUGGAAGUAUCAGACAUAUUAUCAUUAAGUAAUGAUUCGUUAGCUGCCGUUUUUCAUAACAAAAAUGAAGAUAUAGCCAACUUUACAAUUAAUGCUUGUUUUAAAGUAUUAGAUACCUCAGACAUUGAUAAUUUUUUUUUUAAGGAUGAUGAUAAAGAAGGUAAUACUGAAGAUUUAAAAGGAAGAGAAAAAUUUAAAGACGCACAUAACCAUGAUAUGAUUUUCUGUACACAAGUGACAUUACCUGUUUUUUUAAAUAAGUUAAUUAUAAAAAGUGUGAAUGAUGUUUAUUUGAGGGCUAUUAGAAAUAUUAUGAAAAAUGGCUUUUUUAGAGAUGUGUAUAGUAUACGGGGUAAUGAUGAACCGUACGAUUCAUUUGUAUAUUUUUUUGACAAUUUUUCAUAUGUCUAUAACAUAAAAAAAAGGUAUGAAAGCAUAAAUAAAAUAAGAACAUUUAAUACACCACAAACUAUUAAAUGGAACUACUUCUAUUAUUUGUUAAAAUAUGACUCAAAAAUAAAUUAUAAUGAUGAUGUUUUUUUGAAAGAAUUCUUUUAUGGAAAAACAUUUAACACGGUUAAACCACGUAUUGAUAAUAUUAUGCACAAAUUCAUGACUCAUUUUACUGUGUUCUUUUAUUUGUUCAAAGUAAAAUAA